AUGACUACACUUUUGUCUCAUUUUUUCUCGUCUUUGAUGAAUAAACUCUAUGUUUUGACCGGUCGGCCUCGUCUCCAAACUACCCAAUCUCUUUGCCGUGAUCCUCUCGUCUCCAGACUACCCAAUCUCCUCGCCGUCAUCAUCAGGUAUAUUUAUCUUGUUGCCGGCUGUUGCUUGAAGUUGUGGGCCCACCGGCUCUGCACGAGGCCAUUCCAAUCAAUUGUUGACAAAAUUUGUAGCAUAUGCAAGCGUCAAAUGACGUUUGAUCACGUAGAAUGUGCUGGAUUACUUUAA